AUGGCUAUGCCUACAUCUAAGUUUCCUACCAUUACUGUAUUUUUUAUCUUCUUCUUCACCAACCCAUUUGUAUGCCUAUGUAGAUGUCCACUGCAGGAAUCUGAAGCUCUUCUUUCCUUGAACUUCACCUCCCCUGCCACUUUUUACGGUACUCCAUGGACAAAUGAAACAGACUGCUGCAAGUGGGAUGGCAUAACAUGCGAUCAGGACGAGAGGCAUGUAGCGGGGAUAAGUCUGAGGUCAUAUAUGGACUACAACGGAAUAAGAGGAGGAGUCAUAUCUGAUAGCCUGUGCAAACUUCCAUUUCUUACGCAGAUAGACAUAUGGAACAUUGGCACAACAGGUACUCUUCCUUCCUGUUUGGGAGAUCUCCAUUUUCUUCAAUCUCUAACGAUAGAUUACAAUAGAUUGAGUGGGGAAAUACCCCUUAGCAUUUGUAUGCUCACAAAUCUGACUUUACUUAGUCUUAGAGGGAAUCAACUGAGUGGAAGCUUGCCAGAUUGUCUGAACAAUAUUUCUGCUUUGAGACAUCUCUACAUCUCAGAGAAUCGAUUAAGUGGUCAAAUUCCAUUUGCAUGGGGCAAUCUUCCUUUUCUUGAGGUUUUGGAUGUUUCCUUCAACCAAUUGAGUGGGACUCUUCCCUUGUCAUUUGCAGGGCUUACCUCCCUUACUGAACUCUGCGCCCAUGGUAAUAGACUCAAUGAGAGUAACCCUUCUUGGGCGUUGCCAUCCUCUAUAGGAACUCUCUACCUCUCACUAAACCAUGAGAUAACAAUUUCAGAGGGUUUUUUCCAUAACCUUGCCAAUUUAAGGAAUUUCUCUCUAUCCAAUUGCACACUAAAUAUUAGUACAUCCUGGAUUCCCAAUUUCCAGCUCUAUCAAUUAGAGUUGGUGUCAUGUCUGAUGGACAGUCAAAUUCCACAAUGGAUUUCAACUCAGUUCUCUUUACAGUCCUUGACAUUAGCUAACAACGGUCUUGCUGGAGAAAUCCCCUCUUGGCUAUGGGCUAUCGCUGCUUCCUUAUCAGAACUAAAUAUCUCACGGAAUCAUCUCCAUGGCCCCCUUUUCUCAAAUGGUCCGAAUUCUGACAUACAAAUCUUGGAUGUAUCUAACAAUGCAUUCAGUGGACACAUACCUUCUGUGUGGCCAAUAAUGGAAAUCCGGCAUGCUUUUAUACCACUUCCGUAUGUGUUUCCUAUUAUUUUGAUGUUCAAUGACAAUUUGUUUACCGGCAACAUUCCUCCAAGCUUGUGCAAUUCGUCUGUACCGAUAGGAAAGUUAAAUCUUGAAAAUAACAAGUUGGGUGGAAUGAUUCCUUGGUGCUUAAUGGAUGAUAGGUCGCCAGUUUAUGACUUAAAUUUAGGAGGUAACAGUCUGGAGGGAAGGAUGCCUCAAGGGCUAACCGUCUCGUCUGGCAUCAAAUGCUUGGUGAUAAGAAAUAAUCAGCUCAGCGGAACCUUCCUUCCUUCAUUUACCAAUGAUACAGAUUUACAGGUACUUGAUAUUGGGCACAACAAAUUCACAGGACAUCUUCCAAAGUCAAUUAGGAAUAUUUCAUCUCUACAAGUGCUGGUGAUGAAGGACAAUCAGUUCAGCGGUAACAUUCUUUCAGAAAUCGGCGAGUUGAAGCAGCUCCAGAUCUUAGACCUUUCUUCCAACAAUUUAUCAGGCUCUAUUCCACACAACAUUGUAUUUUUACCCGCAAUGGCUGUAGCAAGAGAGGAUGGUUAUGUGCUGCAGAGUGAACUGGCGUAUGGGCGUGGUGGUAUCAUGAUAUAUACUCCUGGAUUGGAUAUGACUCCCAAAGGUACAGAACUACACUACCCAUAUAUUCUUUCCACACUCACUAGCAUAGAUCUCUCGAGCAACCAAUUGAAUGGAGAUGUACCUCUUGAUUUUGGAAAGUUGAAAGGGUUGAUGUUUCUAAACCUAUCCAUGAACAAUCUUAGUGGAAUUAUUCCACAUAGUUUGGGGGAUAUGAGUCGACUUGAAUCGUUGGAUCUUUCUUCAAACAAGCUUUCAGGAAAUAUUCCAUCGGAGCUUCAAUCUCUGAGCUCUUUGGCAUAUUUAAAUUUGUCCAACAACAAUCUCUCUGGAAGCAUACCGCAAGGAGGACAGAUGAUCACAUUUGAAAAUACAUCAUAUUCUGGAAAUCCAAAUUUGCAGGGAUGCCCACUUCCAAAGAAUUGCAAUUGGCCGAAAUUUGCACCUCCUCCUCCUGUAAAGGGUGCUAAAGAUAAAGAUGACGAGGAAAGCGAGAAUAUACCCUGGUACGGAAUUGGACUAGGUUGGUCAUAUGGAGCAGGAUUUUUUAGUAUAUUAGUGUUGUUGAUUUCCGUCAGAGAGAGUUGUAGAAUGAAGUACUUUGAAGGGGUUGAUAAUAUUUUGAAGUUUCUGUUUCCUUCCAUACGUAAUAGGACAUUGUGA